AUGGCUCCAGAAAUGGCGAAGAGGUCGGCUUCCCUUGAAAAAUAUUGCAGACUUCAAUCUUCAAUAAGGCUUCUGGCUUUAGUGGUGUUCCUGGGUUUCAUCUUCAUCUGGAUAAUGAAACCCACCAACACCUUCUAUUUAAAAUGGCGCCCCCAACUCGCAUCACAGACUCGUUCCACCUAUUUUGGCUCACAAGGUUCAAAUAUUUUAAUUUUUUGUUUUCCUGUAUUAUUCAUAGCCGUUUUGGGCUGUUUGUAUGUCCACAUCGCCCAAAAAGCCAACAGCAUCAACAUGGGAAGCAACGGCGCAAAAAAUAAGAACCUCAUAUGGAAGCGCCCGGUGCUGGUCAAAGGCCCUCUUGGAAUCGUGUCGAUGAUAGAACUUACCAUCUUUGUUAUGUUCGUUGCUCUCCUCGUCUGGUCGAUUUCUUCUUAUUUGGAGUCUGGUUUCUCCCGAAUCAGCAAGGAAUCAGCAGCAGAAUCUGGCCACAAAGUAUGGCAAGAGAAAUUGGAAAGUGCAGCUCUGAGGAUUGGGCUAGUGGGAAAUGCAUGCCUGGCGUUCCUGUUCUUUCCGGUGGCACGUGGCUCCUCCAUGCUGCCACUGCUCGGCCUCACGUCCGAGGGUUGCAUCAAAUAUCACAUAUGGCUUGGCCACAUGACCAUGACUCUCUUCACUAUUCAUGGCGCUCUUUACGUCAUUUACUGGGCAACCGCCUAUCAACUUUCUGAGGUGCUGAAAUGGGACAAGAUUGGGAUAUCAAAUUUGGCUGGAGAGAUAUCUCUGGUUGGUGGGUUGGUGCUGUGGAUUGUGACUCUGCCUCGUAUAAGAAGAAAAGCUUUCGAGGUGUUCUUCUACACUCACUAUCUCUACAUCAUCUUCGUCGUCUUCUUCGUCUUCCACGUUGGAAUUAAUGACGCUUAUAUUGUUCUCCCUGGUCUCUACCUCUUCUUGCUCGAUCGUUACCUGAGGUUUCUUCAAUCACGUCGCCGUGUUCGAUUGCUUUCUGCUCGUCUAUUGCCUUGUCAAUCUAUAGAACUCAACUUCUCCAAGACCCAUGGAUUGACUUAUAGUCCAACAAGUGUCAUGUUUAUUAACAUACCAAGCUUAUCGCUCCUGCAAUGGCAUCCAUUUACGGUUACUUCGAAUAGCAACUUGGAGGAAGAGAAGCUCAGCGUUGUGAUCAAAAGCGAAGGAAGUUGGUCCCAGAAGUUAUUUCAGAUGCUGUCGUCUUCUUCAAUAGAUCGUCUCAGUGUGUCCGUUGAAGGCCCUUACGGACCUGCCUCAACCAACUACCUCAGAUUUGAAAGCCUUGUGAUGGUGAGUGGAGGCAGUGGGAUCACCCCUUUCAUCUCUAUCAUCCGCGAGCUAAUAUAUCGGAGCACAACAUUCAAAUCCACAGCCCCAAAAAUUGUGCUCAUUUGUGCAUUCAAGAACUCUUCAUCUCUCUCAAUGCUAGACCUGAUCCUUCCCUUAACCGGCACCCACUCUGAUAUUUCCAACAUUCACCUGAAAAUAGAUGCUUUUGUCACGAGAGAGAAAGAGCCUAAACCAGAUAAUAAUAACCCUAUUCACCAUCUUCAAGCCAUAAGGUUCAAGCCUCAUCCAACUGAUGCGCCCAUAUCUGCAGUACUGGGUCCGAACCAUUGGCUCUGGCUCGCUGCUAUAAUCUCAUCCUCUUUCAUGCUGUACCUUGUCAUUAUUGGGAUCAUAACCCGUUGCUACAUUUACCCUGUUGAUCAUAAUACGACGAGGAUGUUCUCGUACCCUUUGAAGUCAUUCCUGAACAUGGUGGCGAUAUGUGUGGCUAUAGGCGUGACUUCUAGUGCAGCAUUUCUUUGGAACAAGAAGCGGAAUGCGAAAGAAGCAACGAAGAUCCAGGACAUGGAUGGGCAAUCGCCAAAUGUGUCGCCAGCUUCGAUGAAUUUCAAUGCAGAUAGAGAAAUGGAAAGCCUUCCGUAUCGGUCCCUUGUUGAAGCUACUAAUGUGCACUAUGGUGAAAGACCUGACCUCGAAAGAAUGAUUCUUGAACACAGAGAUGAGUCAAGUGUGGGAGUUCUUGUAUCAGGUCCGAGGAGGAUGAGGCAAGAGGUGGCAGCCAUUUGCGCUUUUGGUUCAGCUAACAAUCUGCAUUUCGAGUCAAUUAGCUUUAGCUGGUGA